AUGUUUUCCAUUCAGUCUGGCUCACCGGUCCAUCUAACUACCCUGAUCUCACUUUUGGGCUUCCUCGACAUUGCUUUAUCUCUACCGCCAACCCAACCUCCGAUCUUUAAGGACACGCCCUACUCCGUUAUCUGGAACGCCCCUACUGAAGUAUGCAAGAGACUUGAGAUCAGUUUGGACACCUCAGCGUUCCAAGCAGUGACCACGCCGUCCAGUGUUCCUGACCAAUUUCUGUUCCUCUUCUACUCCCAGCGGCUCGGCCUGUACCCUUACGUAAACCCCGACACCAAAGAAGAGUUCAACGGCGGUAUUCCUCAGAAAGGCAACCUGGCCGCCAGCCUGUUAAAAGCACUUGAUGAUGUCACAAAGUACAUCCCUGAGUCCUCCCCGGGUUUGGCUGUGAUUGACUGGGAAGAGUGGCGCCCCCUAUGGGCUAGAAAUUGGGAUUCGAAAGAGAUCUACAGAAAGCUUUCUAUUCAGUAUGUUCAGGAAACCAACCCAUCUCUGUCUUCCAGUGAGGCUUUAGCUUUGGCAAAACAGCAGUUUCAAGCGGCUGCCAGAGCUUAUAUAGAAAGCACAGUGAAACUUGGGAUUAAAAUGCGGCCAGAAUAUCUCUGGGGCUACUAUUUGUUUCCUGACUCUUACAAUUAUGGAUGGGACCAGCCGGGUUAUACUGGGGAGUGUCCUGAGCAAGAACAAACCUUGAAUGAUGAGCUGCUUUGGUUAUGGAACGCAAGUACGGCGUUGUUUCCCUCGGCGUACCUGCCGCUAGCCCUGCGAAACAACCGAAAUGCAGCUCACUUUGUUCGUGGACGGGUUCAAGAGGCCGUCCGGGUAUCUGCUCUGCCAAAGCACCUUUACACAUCUCCUAUUUAUGUUUAUUUACGUCCUCUGUUUCGGGAUCAGUCGGAAAUAUACCUGAGUGAGAUGGAUCUGGUCAAUACUAUUGGCGAGAGUGCAGUUCUGGGGGCCUCGGGGGCUGUUCUGUGGGGUGCCAGUGCAGAUUACAACGACAAGGAAUCGUGUGAAGCGCUGGCUGCCUAUCUGCCGUCCACUCUUAACCCUUAUAUAACUAAUGUGACCGCAGCGGCUAAACUCUGCAGUAGUAUGCUGUGUCAGAACAACGGCCGCUGUGUGCGCAAGAACCCUCAAACAAACACCUACCUGCACCUAAACCCAAACCAUUUCAACAUCCUUAAGGUUCGUGGAAAAUACCUGGCCGUAGGUACGCCUUCCCUUAGUGACAUCACCAACUUUGUGGACAGCUUCAUCUGUCAAUGUUACGCGGGUCAGAAAUGCUCAGCUAAAAUACCAGAGUCCCUUCCCACAACUCCACUGGUUGUUGCUGUGUGA